ACCGGAGGAGUUUUUAUAAAGGUAAGUACAUUAAAUCGAAGCUAGAAAAUAUAUAUUUAAGAGAAAACAAUGGCCAAUUCUAGCAAGGUGACAGCAGUGAUUCUUAAUGUAGUCUUGAUGCUCUCUCUUCUCCUCAUCUCCAUCUCCUCUGUUGCUGAAAGUCGAUUUCUUGGCGGUCAUGGGAUGGUGAAAGAGGAGGCAGCGGGAAUUCUUUGUGAUCUUGUGCACGGUGUAGAAAGUGGAGAGACAUGCUCUGGGGUUGUUGAGAAGUUCAAGUUGAAUGCUGAGACCUUUACUUUGAUCAACCCUAACCUCAACUGCGAUGCACUCUUCGUUGGUCAAUGGGUCUGCAUUGAUGGGGCUUCAAACUAAACGUACAAUCUUAACUAUGCAUUUGGAAAUAAUAAUUCCCUGCAUGAACGAUGCAUGCAUGGAGAGGAAAGAACUAAUAUUCUUUCCCCAUUUAAUUUGAAUUAUGUGUCAAUGGCCAUAUUAAUGUGACAUUGUUGUUAAUGUUGAAUUCAAGAAAUAAAACUCUCCCUCACGUUUUUGUUACAAAA